CCAAGGAAAUGUGCAGUGAUACAUAUAUAUAUAUAUAUAUAAUUUUAUUUUUUUUGUAGUGCAAUCAUUUAAUCCUCUCCAUAAAAUGACUUCAUUUUUGUUUCUAUAUUACUUUCAGUAUUUUUUGCACGGCCUGCUAACAGUGCUCCUGUCUACCCUUGCCCUAAGCACAGGAGAGGAAAGGGGAAGGGAGCUUUGAUUGCACAUUAAGUAAGUAUAGUAAGAUUUGUGUGUGAGAGAGAGAUGGGGAAGGGUUACCCUGUGUAUGUGAAACUGCCCAAACUAGUAUUUGUGACAUUACACACUCAUGGAAAGACCCCAACUUGCACUUUGGAGUUUCAAGUGAAGGAAUCUCAUUCCAAUGGUGAAAUAGCAGUGGGAAUUCUUUGUUUGAACUGGAGAUGGAAAAUCAGGUAUUGUGAAUCCUCAUCCUACCUCUGCUGUGUGCAGACUGACAGUGAGAUAUUCCUAUAGCCCUGGUGUCUCGCUAUCUUUGAGUAAAGUGGGAGAUACUGAAUUUCCCUCAUACCAAUUCUGAUGCUGAACUCUAGUGUGGAUUCAAAAACUAAAGACCUUUCAGGGGAAAGCAGAGCAUUCACCCCCACGUCCCACUGUGCCCUACAAGAGUGUCAGUGGUGGCAUCCUAUGGAGUAGUCUGGAGCUGAACCAGGGAAGUAGACCGCUACAAAGCUGUCUCAUGUCUCCCAGCACACUGACUCACUGCAAAGGUAUGGGCUGUUAUUACAAUUCUCAUUCCUACUUUGAUUUUGAAUUAUUACUUUUUUCCAAAAUUUCACAUUUUUUCCUGUUUGACCAAAGGUUAAGUCACUCCUGCACUAUGAAUGUCCUGAGGAUGGCUAAUAACUCCUGGCUGUAUGCAGUACGUGAGAUUUUCAGCAACCUCACAUCCUUGACAGUAUUCCCUCUGCUGAUUUGGGUAUAGCUGGGCAAUGGAGUCCUUCAUUACUGGAGGUAGUGACAAAUUGGUAUGCAGGCAAUCACCAUGAUGUCAGUCAAGGCCAGAAAGUAACCAGGCUUGAUCCUCUCCUUCUUUCACUGCCUAACACCACCGAAUGGAAUAUCAGACCAAUGGUUGUUGUCUGGGCCAUAGGUGGCUGCAGCCCAACCCUGUCUGGACAUUGGCUUAUGUUGCCAGUCACAACAAAGCUGCACGCCUGGUCUUACGUUGUUUGUGUACGUAAUGAAAAGCCAUUCUUUUAUCCAUCGUUUUCUUAAGUCUCUGAGAUUACAAGCAGGACUGAGUAUGAAAAGGCCUUGUUUUUCCUUCCAAAAAUACUCAAAGCCUGAUUUCUAAUAUAUGUAUUAUUAGAAAUAUUUAAGAAUAAGGAGAAGAAAAAGAGAGCCAAAUUCAGUGUUUGUUCUUGCAGCUAGAGCUGAAAUAGCUGCCAACAUUUCCUCUCCCCAGCUAAGAAUUGGUACAGUUUGUUUCUUACAUAUUUUCCAUUGUGUUGAUAAUGAUGUAUUUGUAUACUGUGGCUGAUGAGAGAUAAUCAGACAGGGAAAGAGCACAGAAUUACCUGUUCUUUUUUCCAGUCAAGAUGAAUGUAUGAAAUUAUUACAAGAAAAAAAGUGUGCAAAUGAGCUUUCUGUAAUUCUGAUCUGUGUAAAACCACACUUUGUUUGAAAUUUAUAAAAACUAUAACUAGUACAAAACAUUGUGGUUGAUGUCUCUGUAUGAAGCAACAAGUCAAAUGAGAUUUCUUUCUAUUCAGAAGAAACGAGUAUUGGAAAAGUCCCAUCGACACACCUGGCAAAAGCAAACAACCAUGCAUUUAUCCAACUCAACUUUAUGUGUGAAUCAUAAAAAAAGUUGUUUUAAAUUUUCUUAGCCUCUCUCUCUUAUUCAUGUUCCUGAAUUUUUGGGACUGUUAGGAGAGUGCAGAGAUUUACCAAGACAGGUCAGAGUUGUGCGUGCUGAUGUUUGGGGUCAUGAGGCAAGGAAUGGGAUGAUUUUAUUGCAAAUAUCCUCACAUUGUCUUCAUACCCUUGGCUACCAAUGGCUUAUUGAGGAGGGCACAAAUGUGUAUUGUGGAUCAUGUAGGGGGGCAGGGAAGUACAAAUGAGAAUGUGGAAACACAAUGGAAACACAGAGAACAAAAUAAGUUGGAGCUAAUUUCAGGCAGCAUCCACUUCACUUCAUCUGAGUUUUCAAGUCAUUGGCCUCACUGUGUUACUGCACUUUAAUUCUGGUGUGAGAGAGAGAAGAAUCAGGACCACAAGAGUCCCUGCAUUUUUUCCUCUUAUUCUAUGAGUUUAUCAUCUCUUUUCUACUUCCAUUAAGCUUCCAGCUUUAUCAGGCCUCAUGGUGAGGACAUGGGGCUGGAAAUCCAUCCACACAAACAUGCAGGUGAAAUGUUCUGCUGCAGAUCGCUGGCAUGUGGCCACACACAGUGGGACCUGCCUGUGCAACUUUUGUUCUGGCUUGGCACAGUUCACAGAGGAUCCUUCAUGGAACACAGGUAGGUCAUUGCUGUUUGCUGGGGAAUAUGUUUGGACUCAAUGCUAAUGGUGAGCCACCUUGGCUGCACCAUCCAACAAAGGCUACUAGCAGCCCCAGGAAGAACCAGAGCCUCUUUGAGACUUUGCUUAGUCCUGUCUCACUUUUAUCAGGUUUUGAGGAGAAAGCCAGAGAGAACGCCUUUCCUUUCUGUGCCUUAAUUUCAGAGGAGGAAUUUACCCCAAAGAAACUUUUUUUUUUUUUUCAAAAGAGCAUGCGAGAAAGUACUGAUUUACAGGUCUUAGCCCUCCAGUGGGGUGCAGCUGCAGUCUCCAAAACUGGAGAAAAGAGCACGAAGUUCUACACGGCCUUACAGAACCCCAGGCUUUGACUGUAGGUAAGAGCUUGUCCUCUGCUGCACAAACCCAGCAGUUCUUUCUGUUUUCACUUUCCUUCUUAACCAGCAGCUAUUUCUUUUUGCAUUAGUUUAUAGAUGAGCGCUGGAUUCCCCCCUCCCUCCCCACCUCCUUUCCACCCAUGUGACUGAGCACUCCCUGAAUCAAGUGAAACUUUGCAGUCCCCAGAAAACCUUUAUUUCCUUUCUGCUGCACCACAGCGAGAAGCAGCAUCUCUUGGCCUCACAGCUGCACUGACCAUGGGAAGGAGCAAAUCACACCUGGUCUUGCUAGCCUUUGCCUGCGCAUUUUCUUCCUGCUGUGCUGAAGUGGCCCUGGGUGUCAAGCUGUCUCCACAAACCACGUCCUUCCACCAUACCAUCACUUCUGCUCUGCCACUUUCUGUUUAUCGUUCACCACCCCAUCAAAGCACUGCAGUUCAACCUAACAUCACAGGCUCCAUAAACCAUACAACUACUCUGCAGACAACAGACCAACGCUGGGUAACAACAGCACCAGCCUCUCAUAUGACAGCCCAGGCAGGAGCAAAUAUCAGCAAAGCGUAUGGCCAGACAUCGUCCACAGCAGUAACCUCAACUGCAGCAAACACAGCUGCAUCUGGCCAGGCUACAACCCAGGCAAUGGAAACAGUUACACCAGCUGUGAAGAACACAACUGUGUCCCCAGACAGCCAAAUCACAACCCAUGUGGACACAGUUACAAACACAACCAUAGAGAGUACAACAUCAAAGACACAAACAACAACUGCUGCCAUAUAUACUACAGCCACUGAUAACAGUACUGCAAAUCCCACCACAAGCUCAAUUAAUCACACAACUUCUGGAAGUCCAACAGCCACAGCCAUGACCAACGCAACCACCACUCAUCAGGGGACUCAUACAACCAUCCCAUCUACUACAAUGAUGGUGAGACCCACUCUGGCACCACAGCCUUCUCCCAUCCCCACUGGCACAUACACCAUUUUCAGCAGCAACAAGACCUGCAUCAAAGCAGUGAUGGGUUUGCAGCUGAUGGCUCUAAGCACACAGAAGAAGCAGAUGGAGUACCUGACCGUCAACCCCAACGCCACCCAGAUAUCUGGAAGCUGUGGGAUGGUGCAGUCUGUGCUGAACAUCACUUUCAUUGGAGGAUUUAUAAGCUUCGUCUUUGUAAAGAAAGAUCCAACAUACUAUGUCAGUACAAUUGAGGCUGAAUUACAGUUACCUUCUGAAGGUAUACUUUAUUACAUAGCCAUACGCCAGCAGCAUUUUACAGCAAAGCUGGGGAAUUCCUUUAAGUGUGCCAGCAAGCAAACCUUUGGCUUGGAGAGAACCUACCAGCUAUUCAUUGUUAACAUGCAGCUGCAGGCCUUUGAUAUUGUUGGCAACCAGUUUGGAAAAGAAGAAGAAUGUUUUCUUGAUAAAACCACAAAAGCAGUUCCCAUCGUCGUGGGCCUGAGCAUCCUGGGACUGUUGGUCAUUGUGUUUGUCACGUUUCUGAUUUCCAGAAAAAAGCCCCACAGAGGAUACGAACGUAUCUGAGGUGCUCUUGUACUUCCAAAGAAGGGGAAUCACAUGAGUUUUUGCUUUUACCUGGCAGCUUUGCUGCUCUGGAGUUGUAUUUUUAAGUGAAAUGACACCAUGUGUUUAAAGCUAAUGCAUGUUUCUGGAAGCAAUUUCUGUAAGGUGGGAAGGAAAUGAUUUAUACCGUCUAUUUUUAGGCUGUUCUUAGCAACUUAUUUAGAUGGGGUCCAGAGGAUCAAAGUUAGAAGCCUAAAUUCUUUGUAUCAUCAAAAAAGAGGCAAUUCAGACCACCUCAGUCAGAUGCUUAAAAAUAGCUUAAAGCAGGCAGCAUCAUUAUCAUUAUCAUCAUUACCCCCCAUAAAAACUGUAUGAUUUUUCUAAAAAAGCAUUAAGAAAAAUCAAUUUCUUUAAGAUGCCAUUCAUAUUUAUUAGGAGAGUUGAGUCCGCAAUACGACCUUCAGGUGAGUAGAGCAGAGGUCCACAGCAACAGGCAACCCUGUUAAAUCAGAGCAAGUCCUACAGAAGCACUGUUUUUUUGCUAAAGAUUUGGGGCAAGUAUAAGAAUGACUUUGAUGGAUAAGCAAAUUCCCUUCAGUCCUUUUAAACACCAGGCUUACAUUUAGUAACUUACUGUUUCCUACUGAGUCUUUUGGAGGGACACAGUGGUAAUACCCUACUCUCACUCUGGAGGCAGUAUUUUUAUUAAUUUUCUAGCCUCUAGUGACUCUGUAUGCAGAUAAAAUGACUCAGCAGGGUCAGACAGGGUCUGCCUGAGCAAUGCAUGCAAAAAUUUCUGCUCAUCAUUGCCUGUCUCAGCCUCUCUGCAAUGAUGUCUGACCUUCUUGCCAAUAAUUCUUGAACUGCAGCCUCACAACACAUGGCAUAUGAGAGCAAUCUGACACUGCUGAGUUUAUCCUGCACUAUUACUCUGUUAGCUGCACCAUUCAGCAGCUGAUGACAGGCAGCUGAGAUGUCUGUGCAGAACUGGGAGGGUGUUUGGAGUCAGUAACUCCACUCAUCCACACAAGGCCAAGACAUUCUAUUUACCAAUUGGUGCUCAAGAUGCAGCAUCCCUUUGCCAUGUGUUCGCAGCACGAGGUGGAGAAAGCUGACCUGAGGCUCUGAAAGCACUGUGAUAAGUGGACCUGUGCUAAGGAUGCUGCUGUGAUAGAUAGGGACUGGGGUGAAACUGCUUGCUAGAUUCACGGAGCCUAUUAUUUUGUAGUCUUACAAGAGCUUAUGCAUCACCUGCUUCCUUUACAGACAUGGACCUGUUGUAGUGUUCACCACUGAACUUGGUAACUGUCACCUCAGUGGGAUGACAGUACUGUGAUGUCUCUCUUAAUGUGGGAAGAUACUGAAGUAGCCAGCACUGUAGCAGACCUGCACAAGGUCCUUGAGUAAAUGGAAAUCCAGUGAAGCUGUCUGCUUAAGGUGUCUGUGGAACUGAAAGCCUGCACAGGCUUUGGAUAAACUCUGCCCAGAAGUUAAUGCUAUCCACCACACUUGCAGCUGAGCAGCUGGAUUUUCAUAUGGAAACAGUCUAGAGUUGCUUUAAAGUAUUUGCAACACUUUGUAGUCUGCUUCCUGCUAAGCAAAUGUGAAGGCGUGUAAGCAGUAAUUGCUAUUGAGAGUAAUUAAGUUUAGCUAAUUUUCUUUGUUGAAAAAAGAAAAAUCUCCUUGUCAUAAAAGGUUACAAAGAUAAACAUAUGCACAAAUAUGCAAGUACACACACCACCAUCAAAUCCGCUCACUGCAGGAAACUACAUGAAAUUGAUAAGAUUUAUAUGUAAAAACAUUUAUUGAAGAGAAAACAAUAUUAUGUAAGAGCUCAUUUUCCCCUUGGGGUUUAGGGCAGUAGCUUAAUGUUACCAAUAAAUAUUUUGCCUGGAUAGGACUUAGGAGUGGCAUCAGUUAAACAAAAGAAAGACUGAAGCUAUCUGCAAAAAUGUCUUGCUGUUAGCUUUAUUUGGAAAUAAACAUAAUAUAAAUGCUGGAAGAUCAUUUGAUUUCCAUUAAGUAAUGACCCAAAUCCUGAGCAGUUAUGAAUGACAGUGGAUUUUCACUGGCUAAAACUGAUGUCAGUACCUUGUGAGUCUGAUUUGCCUGCAGUAUUUUUUAAAACCACUUUUGGUAUUUUACCAGUGUUUAACCAUCAAGAGAGUUCAGUUACUUAAAUCCCUCCAUUCUGUGAAUUUCUAGAAGAUUCUGGUCCGUGCCAAGCAGGAAACACAACACCCUUCAAUAGCACCAUAACAUGGGGCUCUGGCAGUAAUCCUCAUUUUCCAGCAAUGUUCCAGUUUAGUUUCAAUGAACUCAUAACCAAGAAAGAUAAAGACAAUUUGGAAUCACUUUUGCACUUGGAGAAGCCAAAGACAGAACUUAAAACCAGCUGUGAACAAGGGAGGCAGCUGAAUAUAAUCAUAAGGUAAAGCAGCAUGCAGUUAUGAUCAGUUGAAUGCUCCAUUAUUUCAAAGGUUGUUUUGUGAAAGGCUCCAGCAGCAAUAAUAUCACUUAGCAAACUUUAUUAAGCUCAUUUUCCCCCUCCCACCUUUUCCUGCUGUUAGUGGACAUGCAGCCCACUGCCCUUGUUCAGGCCCUAGCUCUCAGGGUGUUCUUCCUGUUCAUGGUUCAUCCCACAUGAAAAUCUGAUGGUUAAUGAGAGACCUGGGUGGUGGAAAUGAGUCCUUGUCUGUAAGAACUGCAGCCGUGAAAGGUCUGGGGAGUCGUGAGCCUGCUGCUUGUGCUUCUUUUCAGGAAAACCAUUGGUACAAAGUAAAACGUCUGCUGCUGCCCGCCUGGUCAGGAAGUGGAGCUGUGGGCUAUUGCUGAGUUAUUUGUUUUUGUGUAGAAAGCAGGAUUUUUUUUAAUACUAUAUUAAAGCACUCACUUUUUUUUUUUUUUUUUAAUAAACUGUGUGAUGUUUAAGCAGCAGGAAACAGUAAAUAUGUGGAAGUGCUUCCAAUUGAAAAUGAGCCCAUGCCUGCAGUUCUGAUGCUGCUGUCCCAAGCUGUUAUAUGUGGACAUUUGAAUAACAACUGUCACCUAAAAAGCUCAGCUCCACACAUGAUCUGACCCUAAGCUAAUCCAAGUGGUGGUCAAUAGACAUCUUUCCCGUUAAAAACUAAGUCCUAUUUCACAUGGCCUUUGGAUUUUUGGGUUGUUUUAUCUGUAUGGUUUAUUACUUUAAUUAAAUAUAGGAUUUUCUUGUUAUGUUCUAUACUGGAAAAGCUCUUUAUAUUAAUAUUCAGUCUUUUAACAUUUGCUAUCAAAAUGGGGCUUGAAAAUUGUUCUUAAUGAUGAUUGAUAAUUCUGUAUUUAAUCUUGUCACACCCUCUGGCAGCUUUACCAGUGAUGCAGAGUUAAUGCUUUUCUCUCACCCCAUUUUAUCACUAGAAUGAAUCAAACUAUUCAUACUGAACAAUGUUUAGAUUAAUGUUAAACUGAUUAAUUCUUAUGCAAUAUAUCACUAUUUGUUUGCUGUUUUUUGGAAGCUGUAUAUAAUCUUCUCUGGGCUUGCGCUAAGUGGCAAAGGCAAAACAAUUGGAAAUGAUCAUGACGUGCUGCUAUUUACUUGCAAGAAGAGUGAAGAACACAGUGAAGCAGAAGUUAGGAGGUGAGCACAUCCCUGUAGCUCAGGGUAUCCCAUUAUACGAUGUCAUAUUUAGGCAAAUACCCAACGAGUUUAUAAAGUAAGAUUUAAUUUUUUUUAGUCCUUUGCGGUUCUCUGACAGACAAAAAAAAGUCCAAAUUAGAAAACAGCUGUUAGUUCCAGUAACCAGGGAGAUGUAGAUUAACUUCUUAAGUGUAUGGAAUUGGUUUGGUUGAUCACUUUUAGCUUGCUCUAAUAGAUGGUUGCUAAAAAUUACUUUGUUAUGAAAAGGAAUGCAUGCCCUUUAUUUUUCUAUUAUUGGUGUUUCUGUAAUAAAGAUUGUAUUUAGUCAUUAAAGUGUGCAUUGCUGUGCA